GUGUUAAUUCUGAAACGCGAUGGUUGAUUAACGGUUUUUGUUUGUAAGUAUUUUGUGUAUAAACCGUGGUUGGAUAAGAGAUGGCAGGUGGAUCAGAAUCAGAUGCGGUGGGCUUGUCUUGUGCCAGAUGCGCCAAACCUGCUCAUCUCCAGUGCCCCAAAUGCGUACAACUCAAGCUUCCCCGUGAAGCUGCUUCUUUCUGUUCCCAAGACUGUUUCAAGGCAUCCUGGACCUCCCAUAAAUCUCUUCACUCCAAUCCUAUAUCUGGAAAUUCUACUCAACAAGAUUCGGGCUGGCUCUACUGCUUAAGGGAAGGACGAGCUCGGACACCAACACUUCCACAUUUUGACUGGACUGGGCCAUUAAGACCAUAUCCAAUAUCACAGAAACGUACGGUACCAACUCAUAUUCAGCAACCUGACUGGGCAAUUGAUGGAAUUCCUAAAAUUGAGCCCAAUAGUGAUCUACAAUAUGUUGUGGAGAUCAAGACUCCAGAUCAAAUUGAGAGAAUGAGAGAAACUUGCCUGAUUGCUAGGGAAGUUUUGGAUGCUGCUGCUCGGAUUAUACAACCUGGAAUUACUACAGAUGAAAUUGAUGUUGUGGUUCACGAAGCAACAAUUGCUGCUGGAGGAUAUCCAUCUCCAUUGAAUUAUAAUUUCUUUCCGAAGUCUUGCUGCACAUCAGUGAAUGAAAUUAUCUGCCAUGGGAUUCCUGAUGCAAGGAAACUACAGGAUGGUGAUAUUGUAAACGUUGAUGUGAGUGUGUAUUAUAAAGGGGUACAUGCUGACUUGAAUGAAACCUUCUUUGUGGGUAAUGUUGAUGAAGCAUGUAAACGGCUGGUUCAGCAUACAUACGAAUGCUUGGGUAUUGCAAUAGCAGCUGUUAAACCUGGUGUACGUUUUCGGGAAAUUGGAGAAAUUAUUAGCCGUCAUGCAUCUAUGUCUGGAUUAUCUGUGGCGAGAUCUUAUUGUGGUCAUGGUAUUGGUGAGCUCUUCCACUGUGCACCAAAUAUACCCCAUUAUGCAAAGCCUUAACUGGAGCAGGAAAUAAGGCUGUUGGAGUUAUGAAGGCGGGCCAGACAUUUACGAUUGAACCUAUGAUAAACUCAGG